AUGUCGGGUAAAAGCUUCCAGGGAUUGAAGGAACAGGCUGAAGGUACAGCAAAAGAUGCUGGAAGCGCGUUGGGGCAGGCCACGCAGGAUGCAGUCAACCAGAUUACAGAUGCAAGCCAGAAAGCUAUUGACAAGGCUUCCAAGAUGGCACAGGAUGGAGUAGAAAAAGCAACUGGACAAGCCGCAGAAGCAAUGUCUGGAUUUGGGAAAAAAUGUGGAUUUAAAAAAUGA